AUGUCAUGUCCCAGCAAUGUGACUCCUAACUCGUUUUUGAUGGACUCUAGCUGCAGAGGAGACAAUUAUUCCUCCAACCAAGGGAUGUAUAUGCAGUCUGGGAGCGAUUUCAGCUGUGGGAUGAUGAGAAACUGUGGGAUUGUCCCGUCUCUUUCCAAAAGAGAUGAGGUGAAUAACCCUAGCUUAUCUCUCAACUCUUAUCCAUCUUACCUAUCUCAACUGGACAAUUGGUGUGACCCCAAAAAUACUUAUAGGAUUGAGCAACCUGUUGCAAGACAGCUCUCCUCCUGCUCCUUUCCAACCAAUGUCAAGGAGGAGAAUGUGUGCUGCAUGUACAGCGCUGACAAAAGGGCAAAAAAUGCCACAGAGGCUGCCCUCUACCCCAACCAGAUGCCCGACUCCCGAGCUACUGACCAUGAGGUUCCUGUGCCCAGCUACUAUCGUGCCAGCCAGGGCUACUCCAUGGAGAAGAAUCAUAAUACCAACGAGUUUGAGGCAAGUUUUGACAACAGGACGAGCCUGAAUUCUAGAAGUGAAAUCCUGGAGCAACAGCAACAGCAGCAGCAACACACGGGGAGCAAGGUGGGGUUCCCCGAAAACACCAAGACGGAUAACCAGACCUUGGCCACCAACUUGAGCACCAACCCCAGCAACGCUGCUGCUAAUGAGAUCAAAACAGAGAGGAGCCUCCCAGCUGCCAAACUAGCAGCACCAGAGGCAGACAAGGAGAUGGGCAAGAACACUGACACCAGCACUGACAACUCUGACAACGAAGCUAAAGAGGAUAUAAAGGCAGAAAACGCUACAGGAAAUUGGCUGACAGCUAAGAGUGGAAGAAAGAAAAGGUGUCCUUACACUAAGCAUCAGACCUUGGAACUGGAGAAGGAAUUCUUAUUUAAUAUGUACUUGACCCGUGAGCGCCGCCUAGAGAUUAGUAAGAGUAUCAACUUAACAGACAGACAAGUGAAAAUUUGGUUUCAAAACCGCAGAAUGAAACUGAAGAAAAUGAACAGAGAAAACCGGAUUCGAGAAUUGACAUCAAAUUUUAAUUUCACUUAAGGAAGACAAAAAAAAAAUCCACUAGGAGUCCUGAACCAUCCCAUAGGCCCUUCUUCUCCACCAAUACGACGACUCAAGCAUAAAUAGCAAAGUCUAAUCCAUUCUUGUACAUUUUCUAGGUCAUUAAUGCAACGCUUUAAGAUAAAGCAGGUAGUCAGUAUUUCAGGCUAGGUGGCCCCUUCUGUCCCUGCCCACAGUUUGUACAUAAAGACAGACGCUUCGAUAUAAUGCAUGAUCCUAUAUAUUGCAUCCUUGUUUCUAUGUAAAGAUGGUCAGUGAGCCAGCUACUGAAAUUGUAUUUUAAGUUAUUUACUUCAGCACAAAAACUCCAGAGACCUUUUUUAAUCUCAUUAUCCUGCCAAACAAUGCUU